GGAGGAGGAGGUGAGGGAGGAAGAGGAGGAGGAGGUGAGGGAGGCGUAACGGCAAGUGCAGGAGACACGAAGGAGCAGAGAGAAAACCACGUUAGAAAAGAGAAGAAGCAGCAGAAGAAGAAGGAGGCUUUCUUUCUUUUUUCUGAUUGUUUGGAUUACCUGUGAGGGACACACACACACACACACACCCACACACACACACACACACACACACACACACACACACUGAUGCUCCUGCUUUAUGGACCAUCACCUCCAGCCCUGCACACAGAAGACCAACCUCUGCGACCAGAGAUGCAUUUCUACUACGCGUGGUUCGGCAGUGAGGGCCGGUGCCUUCAGGGUGUCCUGAGCUGAGUAACAGCGGGCGCUUCCAGCUGCAUGAGCUCUGGUUGACUGACUGUCAGUGAACUGGACGGGGACCACACGUGGGCGACCAUGCUGGGUCAGAGUGUGCGGUUGCAGCCGGUGCCGAUCCAGAGCCUGUCGGAGCUGGAGCGAGCCCGGCUACAGGAAGUGGCCCUGUACCACCUGGAGGAGCGAGACCUGGACUUCAAGAUCAGCAUCCCGAGAGAAAUACACAAACGCCGAAAAUCCCUACGCAGGAAGUUCGACUCCUUCUCGAAGGAAAAGAAAGAGCGAGAAUCGGCCCCCAAGGCGUUCGGCAUCCCGCUCUCCCAGGUCAUCGCCAACGACCGGGCCUACAAGCUGCGGCAGGACGCCCUGAAGGAGAGCCGGCGGGACUGCCUGGACCUGGAGGCCAGCGUGCUGCUCUUCAGGGCCGAGAAGAGGCAGUUCUUCAACGGCUCCUCCUCCAUCGCGGGCGGAGGAGGAGGAGGGCCCGGCUCGCCGUCCGUCAACUCCGUGGCUCCGGCGCCCUUUUUUGAGAACCAGAGCAAACCGCUGUCGCCCACGUUUCUGGACAACACGGGGCGAGGACAGAGGAGGGGCGGUCUGUCGGUGGACUCCAUCUCCGACCUUGUAGAGAGUCAGUCUCGCCUGCUGGAGGCGCUGCAGCUCUCUCACCCGGCCGAACUGGAGCUGAUGAAGACGCCGGGCGGCUCUUCGGAGGGGCGGACCCAGACCAAGCUGAGCCUGAACCCUGUCUACAAGCAGGUGCCCCGCGUGCUGGAGCGGUGCUGCAGUCACAUCGAGUCCUACGGUCUGCAGACGGUGGGCAUUUUCCGAGUUGGUAGCUCUAAGAAGAGAGUGAGACAGCUGCUGGAGGACUUCGACAAAGGACUCGACGUGCAGCUGGACGAGGAGCACGGAGUCCACGACGUGGCGGCGCUGCUCAAAGAGUUCCUACGAGAGAUUCCUGACCCGCUGCUGCCCCGAGAGCUUUACUCCGCCUUCCUGCACGCCAACUCUCUGAGGGGAGCAGACCAGCUCCAGUACCUGCAGCACCUCCUCUACCUGCUGCCUCCCUGUAACUGUGACACUCUGCUGCGCCUCCUCAGCCUGCUGCACACCGUGCAGAGCUUCUCCCAGGACAGCGUGGGCACCAACGAGGAGGAGAUCACCGGGAACAAGAUGACGGCGGCCAACCUGGCGGUGAUCUUCGGGCCCAACCUGCUGCAGCGUGAGCGCGGAGGAGACGCGAGCCUCCACGCGAUGGGCAUCGAGGACAGCACGGCGGUCAUCAGCGUGACGCUCGUGCUCGUGCAGAACCACAAGCGGCUCUUUGCGGUGUCUGCAGACCUGCAGCAGGAGGUCCUGAUGAGUCUGAUCCAGACCGACCCGGACAUCAUCGACUACCUGCUCCGGAGGAAACUCAGCGGCAGCCACGUGACGCUGGAGAGCGGCGGCGAGUCGGGGGGACGCCGGGACACGGGGGCGUCCCUGGACUCCGUGGGGGCCUCCAGCGGGAGCCUGUCGCCGCUGGAGCCGCCGUCGCCGCUUUUCCCCCCCGACGGCCUCGGCGGCGAGGGCGGCCUGACCAGCGAGGUCUUCCUCAACGUCCUCAAACUGAACCAGAACCGGAAGCGCCAGGAAACCAGAUUCGGUGAGGCCCCUGCAGGUAAAUCCAUCCACCACAUGCGUCAGUUCCACUCCCACCACAACCUGCUCAGCCUGGCCCUGCUCCCCUCGUCCUCCGGCCACGACCCCGAGGACCGGCGGGGCGCGCCGGGCUUCGCGCUGGGCGGCGCCGCCGGCAGCUGCUCCAGCCUGAGCGGGUCGACGGAGAGCAGCGUCUGGGUGAGACAGGCGGCGCCGGACGACGGGAAGCCGGCGCCGGCCUCCAACUUCUGGGACUUUUUCACCGGGAAAGGAUCGGGCUCGGAGACGAUGGUCUGAAGGAGGCCGAGGACAGAGAAGUUUGUCGUACCCACGUUUUUUUUUUUUUUUUUAAAGAUUCUUGAAUCCUAAAUUUCACACUUGAGCUGUUGCAGAAAUCCAGUUGGAAAUUUGGAAUUUCCCAUCUUUUUUUCCGCCGUCCCUAGAACGCAGCAUGUGAAUGUGUAUUUGGGAAGAAGAAGAAGAAGAAGAAGAAGAAGAAGAAGAAGAAGAAGAAGAAGAAGAAGAAGAAGUGUCGGACAAAACUGGGACUUCAAAGAGAAUAAAUAACUGUUCAUGAGAUUAAAUGAAAGAUGAUGCAGUAAUAAUUGAGAUGUACAUAAUGUAUACAUGAUGUCAUUUUACACACACACACACAGACACACACACACCUGAAUACGCAGUAGAAGUACACAACUGUGUGUAGCUGCAUGGACUCUACGCACACGCCAGACUGCUUUCCAGUAAUCUGCAAUAAACCGCAUUAACCUGUAAAUAUAAUCCACAGUCCAGCUGUCCAACAUUGAGGUAGGACACCUGAAGGCAUCUCAGCGGAAAAUAAAUAAACUACAAUAUUGGAA